GAGAUCGACAAUAGCUGACUGGCGUUUACCAUAUCGUUGUCAGGUUGCUGCUCCCAAAUUUUGUCAUCAUGUCGGCGCAUGACCAAAUGCGUGCUAUGUUGGACCAAUUGAUGGGAACGGCCAGAAAUGGGUGGAGCAAAGAGCGACACAAAGCUUAUUCUUGACAUGGUGGAAAUCACUGCGACCACGAAUAAUCGAGCGGCAGAGAAGGUAUCUACAUUUCGGCUUGGGGUGCUGGUUGUGACGAUACCAGGUUCCGGGUGAAGUUCACCGAUCCAAGGGUGUGUAAAAGCUUUCUCCUUUCCUGCUGUCCCCAUGAAAUUCUCUCCUCAACGCGAAUGGAUUUGGGAGAGUGCUACAAAAUUCAUGACUUGGCCCUUCGAGCUGACUAUGAACAGGCUUCGUUGACCAAAGACUACUUUUACGAUAUUGAUGCUAUGGAGCACUUGCAGUCUUUCAUCACAGAUUGUGAUCGCCGUACAGAAUCUGCUAAAAAACGUUUAGCUGAGACCCAAGAGGAGCUUAGUGCUGAGGUGGCAGCCAAAAUGAACAAAGUUCAUGACUUAGCAGAGCAAAUUGGGAAAAAGCUGGCAAAAGCUGAAGCUCUUGGUGCUGAUGGAAUGGUUGAGGAAAGCAUGAAACUUAUGGAAGAAGUUGAAGAUCUUCGUAAGACAAAGGCAGCAGCUGAACAUGAGUAUCGUAAUUCAAUGCCAGCCUCGAGCUAUCAGCAGCAGAAAUUAAGAGUUUGUGAAGUGUGUUCAGCUUAUUUGGGUAUAUAUGACAAUGACCGAAGGUUAGCUGAUCACUUUGGUGGGAAACUUCAUCUUGGUUUUAUAAAAAUCAGGGAGAAAUUGGAGGAUCUCAAGAAAACUGUUGAAAGCAGGAAAGAGAAACGCAGAGAAGAGUGGGAAAUGGAGCGCGGCUCACGGUAUGGUGGUGAGGGUGGUGAAAACGAAUUUGCCAGAGAGAAUGAGCGAGAACGAGAGAGAUACCGUGAUAACGAAAGAGAUCGUAGGGAUAGAUACAGAGAAAGUGACAGAGAGAAGAGGAGACGUAGGUCAAGAUCAAGGUCACGAUCACGAGAUAGGCGACGUCGACGUUCAAGGUCAAGGGACAGACAUUACCGAUCUCAUUCUCGUUCUAGGUCACGAGAUCGUAGGAGCCGAGAAAGCUCAAGGAGGUCACGAUCAAGAAGAACAAGAUCGAGAGAACGCCGUACAAGAUCUCGUGAUCGAUCUCAAUCAAAAGACAGAAGUUCAAGGGACAAGAUUGUUCGUGAUAUUGAGGAAAAAAAGAUUCUGCCAGAUUUACCUGAAGAGGGUGAAGUUCAAGACAGGAGAGAUGAAAGUCUUGAACAGGGAGAAAUCAGAGAUGACCAUGAUGGUGUGGAGUGAAUCCAAUGACCUUUUGUUUUUUUUUGAGGAUCACAUUGCAAUGAUUUUUGUGACCUUAUUAUCAGUAUACUCCAGAUACUUGUUUUAUUCAUUAUGCAGGAUGUGUUUGUCUUUUGGACACAAAUAUAUUUGAAAAAUAGUUUGGAAGUGGUGAGGUAAUUUGUCAGGCUGAAAACUUGUAUUAAUAAAAGAUGUGUUUUAUCCAUUAAGCCUUAGGGAGACUGAGCCAAGUACUUUUGUAAUACUGUUGGUAAUUGGUAAUGCUUUGGUUGUUUAAUUUUAAUCUGCAAAUUGUACAAUAAAGGAUAUAUGUAGCAUAAUUGCCUACCUGAACAAGUUUACAUAUAAUUAUGAACUAGUGUCAGGGUAGAAAUUGCUUGCCAUUGUGUAAAUGAUUAAGACUACCUGAAACUGUGAAACUCAAAUGUGACCAUCACCGACUCCAAAUAAAGGGGAAAUGUACAAGAUAAUGUGUUAAUUUUCAUGUUGACUGCUCGUUGUUUUGUGUUAAUUUUCAUGUUGACCGCUCUUUGUUUGUAAUUUGAAGGCUACUAGUAAUUUAGAUAUUUUCCAUUGAGAUGAGAUUUCACUAAAGAGAAAUGUUUAAUAUUGAAGUGUAUAAUCAAUUUGGGUAGUCUUCCAACUUGCAAUGACUCGGUUAAACAUUACACAAACUUAGUGUAUAUAAAUCAUAAAUCAUAUUUAGCAUGUUGGAUGUCACUAUAUUGUGACAAUGUUAGCACCCUAAUUUAAUGUGUUAGUACUAUAUCAGAUGCAUCUUUAAUUUGUUCAUUUAUUUUUUAUACGUACUUUAUCAGAUGCACCUUUAAUUUGGUCAUUUAUUUUUUAUAUGUAUCCAAUACUUCUACAUAUCUAUGAAGAAACAGCAUGACUGCAGUACAAGGUGAAUACAUUUUAAAGUUGUGGAGAAAAGCAGAGUAACAUCUUGGAAAUACUUUCUUAAUGUCAAAACUAGUUUUAUUUUAUGGAGUGCACUGAUAAUCAUGGAAAAGAAAGUGUGAUGGAAUCUAGGUGGUGAAGUAGUUAAUUGUGAGGCUGCAGUUGUUAGUUAUGAACCAUGUCACUGCAAUGGUAUUGCAUGUCAUGGUAAAAUUUAAGACUCAAAAUAGGUACAGGCAGCCCGUGGUUACCAUCGCCAUCGGUUAGCGGCAUUUUGGUUUUACGUUGCUUGUUAAAUACGUAUAUUUAUAACUGGGUUUUACACACUGUAGGGUUUAUAGUGCCGUUGUCUGGUUAUCGGUUUCCUAGGCUAGGUGCCGAGACCGCCUCUUAAAAUACAAACAUAAUGAAUAUGCAUCUUUUCCUCUGCUCUUGUAAAAAGUUAUCAUUUAUUUUGCAGUAUCCAAUAAUACUGUAUGUAGUCUUGUAUUACUAUUUGUGUUAUAAAAUACAUACAAACUGAUCAUGUUUUGGUUUGGAAAAAUCAGAUGAGGGCAGAGGUAAGAUUAUUACGCCGCAUUUAACUCUAUUCAGCAAUUUUCUUGCUUUUAUUUAGUGUAAAUUAAUCUCCCAUUGUUAAGACUGAAGGUUUGUUUGCGUAUGAACAAAUGAAAAAUUUUCUGUGACAGUUAGUAUUUGUCAUAGCUACAAACCUAAGGUCUUAACAUUUUACUGCCCACCUCUAGCCGCCCCUCUGUCAUCUUAUGACAUCCAGGGUUGGGAAAGACUAAACGUGUUGGCGUGGGGUUCACAGGCUUUGACCAACUUUCACCCGAUCCGGUUAGGCGCUAGAAAUUUAUCCUAUUGUUAAGACCUCAGGUUUGUAGCUAUGAAAAAUACAAUUGUCUUAAGAAAAUUUGUCAUUUUUCGUUAAUGGAUGGUUUCGGGAGCAUGAUAUUUCUUUGUAAAAAAUACUGAUUACGUACAUUCAUUGGCGUGAAAACAAUAAAAUGUGUUCUUUCAUGGCCAGUAUUUUUUAUUAAAAUACUUUUUUCUCCACUAUUACUUGUGGUAGAGUUGCAUCCAUGUUGCUGAUGCACAAUAAUUUAAAGUCAUUAGCAGUGUGAACCUUUUGUUUUCUCAGCUUCAGCUACAACUGGAGCUUAAAUUUAGUAGUACAUACUAGUAUAUUUCCUUCCCAAUAUUUUCUCAAUGCUAAAUAAAGGUAUAAUGCAAAAUUAUUCAAGUCCUGUUGUACUUGAUUGAUGUCAUUUGUAACAUAACUACGGUAAUUUUUUCUAUCGUACAAUGGCCGAAAUGCAAGCAAAACAUUUAUCAUCAGAUGCGGUUCGGUUGUUGUAGCAAAAAAACUUAUCAUUUAGUUGUUUAUGGCUGCAGUGUUUUAAGUAAUGAUUAUUAUGGUACUAAUGAUACUUUUAAUCAAUCUCAUUUUCUUUUUUAGCUGAUUUAACUAGAAGAUAUAAAUAAAAGAUAUGUGAAAAGUCUCUCUCUCUCUCUUUGUCUUACUAGGCCAAGAUUUUCCAGUAAGUUCAUUGAAUCUAACAUUAAAAAUUUGUAUUACUGCCAGGCAGGCUAUAGUAAAUGAUUAAGCAAAUGAAUUCGAAAUUUUCUUUAGAGUUAUUACAUAGGGCAAAAUAACGGGGUGUGACACUGCCUAAGGCAUCGUUAACAAGUCUAAGGCACCGUAAGGUGGAUUGUGACACCCGUAGACGCUUGAAUUUUGGUUAGAGGUGAAUGUUGUUUAGCGUUGGGCCUCAAGGAACGGAACCCCUGUGGAACCCUUGCCGUUAACCGGCGGCUGCCUGUACUGUUUUUCUAGAAUAUCACAUUUCAGAAUCUUAAAUAGUGAUAUAAUUUCUAUUAAUUUUAUUGGAUAAAGACUUGUAUAUUACAGUACUUAGUUAUUUGUUAUUGUACAAUGAUAGGUCAAUUUGUAUACUUUAUAGUAGUACUUCAUCCACAGAGUUACCCAUGUUACUAAGGAUUUGCCUAUUUUCGAAAUUAACUGCUGCUGCUGGUAAAGAACUUGAGGUUUUUAAAUGACUGAAGUUCUGUAAGCAAGUGUUCCUAUGAUUUUUAAUAAAAUAAAAUAUUCACUUGUUCAUUUAAUUUUUAAGAAAAAACUAAAAGAUUCACUCAACUUUUGUAGUUACUGUUCUUUUUGUUCAUUGGAAGAGCUAAAUUUAACUGUGAAAGUGCAUUACACAUUACGUUUUAAAAAAAAAUGUAUUUUCACACCGAUUUAUGGCAUGCUUGCAAGCUUGGUCUUUUGUAUAGAUCAAGGCUUCAGUUGAUAGUAUGAACUAACUUGCCUUUCAGAAUCAUGACUACUGACACAAAAUUCCAAAUAUGGUUAUGAUGGCAUUGUAGUUUGUAAUUAUCCUUAAUAUACCAGUGUGUAAGCAGAAAUUACUAAUCAAUAUCGUAAGGUGUUGCAUUGUUGUGCAUCCUGUCCAAACAAGUUUGUGAAUCAUAGUAAUGGAGCACUGUAUACUAAUAGAAAUAAGUCCACAGUAUUUUUAGGGGACAUCAUUGAGAAGUGACAGGAUUUUGUGGCCUUUUUUAAAGUUUUAUAAAAGCACAUACCUUGUAAUGUACUAAGUUUUUAAGAGCACAACAGUGAUUUGAAUCAACAUAAAUAUAAUUAUUAAUAAACAGUUUAACCUGA